AUGGAGGACGACUUCCGGCCGCAGGUGAAGAAGGUGGCUGUGGCCAUGGGCGCGUCCCUCACAGAGCAGGACGUGGACCGCAUGCCACGGGACAUGAGAAUGCAAGGGAACUUCAACUACAGCAGGUUUCUGGAGUACAUGAGGCAGUUCGAGACCUCGGAGCAAAAAGAGGAGGCCAUCAAGAAGGCCUUCAUGAUGCUUGACAAAGACGGCAGCGGCUACAUAGAGUGGAACGAGAUCAAGUACAUUCAGUCGACAGUACCGGCUGCGAGCCCAUUGGCUCCCCUCUCCGAUGAGGAGGCGGAGGCCGUGAUCCAGGCUGUCGACGCUGAUGGAGACGGACGCAUCGACUACAGAGAGUUUUCAGACAUGGUGAAGAUGGAGAAGAAACCGAGGAAGUAG